AUGCGUCUCUUUCUACUUCUAAUAACAUUAUUUAAUCUAUCAAGCAGUCUGAACAUUCUAUUCUAUUUUGCAGUUAUUGGUCCAUCUCAUAUUGCUUAUUUGAGAACAGCAAUUGGGAAACUAUUAGCAAGAGGACACACGAUUGAUGUUGUGUUCGCUGUCUAUAAUGAAUUGGCAAAUUUAGACUUGAGUCCAGAAGUCAGACGAGUCUAUUAUAACAGACAUGCUGACCCUGAUUAUUGGAAGAAAAAUGCGAAUCACUUUUCGAAUAUGUUUGAAAAAACAAAAACGCCUCUUGGAGAGUUUGAAAUAUUUCAUGAAUCUGGGUAUCAAUUGUGUAGAAUUGCGAUCAACGACAUGGAACUUCUUGAAUUUUUGAAAUCAGGAAACUAUGAUAUCGGAUUCAGCAGUGAUUACGAUCCAUGUGGCAAUAUUCUGAUGACUGCUGCUGAAAUUCCUUCGAUUGGAAGUAUAAUUGCUACUCCCAUCUUCUUGCCACAUCUCGUUAGUGCAGGUCUUCCAACAAUUGCCAGUGUUUUUGGAUCUCCACUUUAUCCAGAAAAUGAUGGUUCCCUCUACCACAAAGCAUUUAAUCUUCUUCGACUGACCUAUUACCAUUAUGUGAUUGCACCUGAUAUGGAGAGCAAAUAUAACAAACUAAUUCAACAAAGAUUUGGAAAUCGGUUCCCAGAUGUUGCAAAAAUCGAAAGAGAUCUCGAUAUUGUGUUUGUCAAUAGUCACGAAUUCCUCGAAAAGCAAAGACCAAUGAGUUCGAAAAUCAAAUAUAUUGGUGGGAUGGCCAUCAGAGAAGCAAAGAAACUUCCGGAACAAUUUGAGAAUCUCCUAUCAGCAUCUUCAUCAGCAUUUGUUCUAUUUUCAUUUGGAACACAAGUUCCAACUGUCAAAAUGCCUCUUCAAAUUAGGAAAAACUUUGUAGAAGCGUUCAAGAAAUUUCCAAACGUGACUUUCCUCUGGAAGUAUGAUAACUUGGAUUUGGAUGCAGAGAUUUUUGAAGGUUUAAAGAAUAUUCAUCGUCUGGAAUGGCUUCCACAAACCGAACUAUUACAUGACGACCGUGUAAAACUAUUUAUAAGCCACAUGGGCCUGAAUUCUUAUCUGGAAACUGCCACAGCCGGAAAACCUGUAUUCUCUAUUCCAUUGUUUGCUGAUCAACUCAAUAAUGCACAGAACGCGAAGGACAGGGAAAUCGGACUUGUCGUUGAUAGAGAUCAACUGACAGUCAAGAACAUUGAAACAACACUACGAGAACUUCUCGAGAACCCAAAAUACCUUUCAAAUGCUAAAUCUAUUUCGAAAAUGAUGGCUGAGAGACCUGAAAAACCAACAGAUGUGUUCAUCAACUGGCUGGAAUUCACUGCUCACAAUCCAGGACUUCAUAAAGUUUUAAGAAUGCCAGGAUCUGAUUUGAGUCCAUUUUAUUAUUACUGCGGAGAUAUUUUGUUGAUUUUGUUUUUGAUCGUGCUUCUUGUGAUGCAUUUUAUACUGAAACGGGUUUCAGUUAUGACUACAAAAAUCAAAUCGGAAUAA